AUGAUGACGCGCAAAGCUAGUUUGCGCUGGGUGAAGAUUAUUGUCUCGUCGCGUGCGCGUCGCCUUCGCUCCGCCCGUCGCCUUCACUUCUCCCCCGUCGCCUUCACUUCUCCCCCGUCGCCUUCACUCCCCCCCCUCUUCCGUUGCCUUCAUUUCCCCCUCCCGUCGCCUUCACUUCCCCCUCCCGUCGCCUUCACUUCCCCCUCCCGUCGCCUUCAAUUCCCCCUCCCGUCGCCUUCAUUUCCCCCUCCCGUCGCCUUCAUUUCCCCCUCCCGUCGGCUUCAUUCCCCCCUCCCGUCGCCUUCACUUCCCCCUCCCGUCGCCUUCACUUCCCCCUCCCGUCGCCUUCACUUCCCCCUCCCGUCACACUCGCUUCCCCACCCGUCACCUUCACUUCCCCUCCCAUUGCCUUUCACUCUCUCCUGCUCAAUCUCUUUCCCCCUGCUCACUCUCUUCUCCCCUGCUCACUCUCUUUCCCCCUGCUCACUCUCUUCCCCCCUGCUCACUCUCUUCCCCCCUGCUCACUCGCUUCCCCCCUCCUCAAUCUCUUCCCCCCUGCUCACUCUCUUCCCACUCUCUUCCCCCCUGCUCACUCUCUUCCCCCCUGCUCACUCUCUUCCCCCCUGCUCACUCUCUUCCCCCGUGCUCACUCGCUUCCCCCCUCCUCAAUCUCUUUCCCCCUGCUCACUCGCUUCCCCCCUCCUCAUUCUCUUUCCCUCUGCUCACUAUCCUUGUUCUAACCCCACUUUCCCCAUUUCUCACCCAUUUUCCCCCUUUACGCUCUCUUACCCCCUCUGCUCGCCCCUGUUUUCCCAACUCACGCCUAUACUCACUCUCUCCCCCCCUGCUCACUCUCUUCCCCCCCUGCUCACUCUCUUUCCCCUUGCUCACUCUCUUUCCCCCCUUCUCACUCUCUUUCCCCCUUCACGCUCUCUUUCCCUCCCUUCCGCCCGUUGCCCCCCUUCGUCUCGCGCUCGUCCCCUCGCAAUCCCCGUCUCUCUCUCCCCCCGUCGCCCUCGUUUUCCCCGUCGCCCUCCCUUCCACUCCUCGUUGCCCUCGCCAUCCCUCCCUUCUCCCUUCCCAUCUCGCACACUUGUCACGCCCCCUUUCCAACCCGCACAUACACCCUUCCCUUCUUCCCUGUUUCCUCGUAUCCCCUGCGCUGCUUCCCCCCAUCCUCCGACUUGCUCCCCCCAUCCCCUUCCCUGCUUCCCCCCAACCCCUUCCCUGCUCCCCCCCAUCCCCUUCCCUGCUUUCCCCCUUCCCCUUCCCUGCUUCCCCCCGUCCCCCUCCCUCCUUCCCCCGUCCCCCUCCCAGCAUCCCCCCAUCCGCUUCCCUGCUCACCCCCAUCCCCUUCCCUGCUCCCCCCCAUCCCCUUCCCUGCUUCCCCCUAUCUCCUUCCCUGCUUCCCCCUAUCGCCUUCCCUGCUCACCCCUGCUCCCUCUGUUUCACCCUUGCUCCCUCCCCUUCUUCUCUGCUCACUCUCUUCCCCCUUGCUCACUCUCUUUACUUCUGCUCACUCUGUUCCCCCCUGCUUCCUCUCUUCCCCUCUGUUCAAUCUGUCCCCCGCUGCUUCUUCUCUUCCCCUCUGCUCAUUCCGUUUACUGUCUUUCCCCCUUCACUCACCCCCAUACCCCCCAAUGCAGUUACAGGUGCUCAGCACCAGAUGUGGCUUUACCACGGCCUGGUUUAUUGCUUGCAGUGUAG